AUGUCGAUCGCGCACACCGCUGGCAAUUACAUGCUCUCGGAUGCCCUGCUUCCAGAUCCAAGCGGCUCCAGAGAACAAAGGCUUCACUUGGAGCUGCCGUGUGACCGCAUCAUGAAGUUUAUCACAGUGGGGCUGCCGCUGUUCUUGGUCUCUCUCAUGUUUGCACAGGAAUUUUCCACUGGAUCCCAAAUCAGUUGCUUCUCUCCUAGCAACUUCACAGCAGAGCAAUCUGAUUUUGUUGAUGCCGUGUGUUGGGACUCCUUGCUUCGCUACAAUUCUGAAACUGCAGGAGAUGCUGCAUCCAAAUCCCUCUGGGUCUUCAAGGUUUUCCCAUAUUCCUUGCUGGUCAUUGCCAUUGCCAUGUACCUGCCUUAUCUGCUGUGGAAGUAUGCAGCUGCCCCCUCACUUAACUGUGAUCUGUUCUUCAUCAUUGACGAACUAGAUAAAUCCUACAACCGUUCCAUCCGCUUGGUGCAAUACAUGGUGAAGCUUCAGCAAACAGAGAAGGAUCCAGAGGACUUUUGGGAGGAGUUUGACCUGGCUCGCAGUGAGCGGUACUUUGAGUUCCCUCUCCUGGAGAGGUACCUGACUUGCAAGCAACGUUCCCACUACCUGAUUGUCAUCUAUGUGUUGAGGAACCUCUUCCUUCUCUUCCUUCUUGCUGUCAGCUGCCUCUACCUGGGAUACUGUCACGUGCAGGUGUUUUUUCAAGAUCAAUUCAGAUGCUCAAUCAAGGCAGGGUUCCUAGGAGAAGAACCUCAUGUCCCAGACUGGAUUCCUUGCAAGUUAGUUUUCUUCUCAGUUUUCCAAGUUACAAGCAUCUGUCUUGGGUGUGUAUACAUCCUUCUGGGCCCUGUUGUCCUCUACCACCUGCUUCAGCUGUGUCAGUGGGACAAGCGGCUUCUGUCCAUUUAUGAAAUGCUGCCAGCAUUUGAUCUCCUCAGCAAGAAAAUGCUGACUUGCCCAUUUAAUGAUCUCAACAUCAUCUUGCUCUUCCUGCGGGCCAACAUCUCAGAGGUGAAAUCUUUCAGUAGACUGAGUGUACUGUGUACUCUAAAGAACAUUUCACCCAACAAAGAAAACAUAGACACAGUUGUAGAUUUUAUGACUCUCCUUGCUGGUCUGGAGCUGGCAAAGCCAAAGCGUCAUUCCAACGCCAAUGAGAAUUUGCUUCAUAUCGACAAUGAAAUUGAUGUGAAAGCUGCCUUGGAAUCCAAAGAAAACUAACUCAGACAUGGGCUUGAUACAGCAGCAAAUGAGCAGAAGAAUUCGAACUGGUGAAUAGCACCGAGCGU